AUUGGAAAUGGUGUAUUAACAGGGACAAUCUUUGAUCAGUCCAACUAUGACUUCUUCUUAGCCCACGGAUUGAUUACCACUGAUUCAUAUGAACGUAAAAUUGAAAACUGUUGUGAAUGCAAAACGGAACAAGUAUUACAUGAAUGCGACUUCUUUAAGCCAGCAAAUGCUAGCAAAUGUGAGGCCACCCAACUGGAACAGGUAGACGUUCCCAACCAUUACAAUGUCUAUGAUGAUUGUGAUGCGAGUAAAGGGUAUCAAGAAUUGUUUGACAAGUAUUAUCGCGAAACCUAUGAGAAACAUGGCUUUAAAUUUGCAAAGAGGGUUCAGUCUGAAGCAAAUGCUGUCAAAUGUCCUCACAAUGGUUUCGCAGAUUACCUUAAUUUAGCCGAAGUUAGAAAAGCAAUACACGUUAGGAGUGAUGCCAAACACUGGAGCGAUUGCGGCGGUUCUUACGAUCGGACCAAAUAUAUGACACCACAGAGAGACACAACACUUGAGUUGAUUAAUACAUAUAAACUCGAGAAGUUUGUCGUCUAUAACGGGGACUUUGAUAUUGUUUGCAAUUUUAUUGGUGACCAACGCUUUGUGGCCGGACUCGGCUUUAAAUCAGUCGGACAUUACAGUGAAUGGAAAAACCCUGAUGGAUUUGUCGGUGGAUUUGUGCAAAACUACGAGAAGGGCGUGAGUUUCGUGUUAGUCCGCGGGUCCGGACAUAUGGUUCCCUACGAUAAACCAAGUCAAAAGGAUCCCGAGAACGCACCGGUAGUCCUAUGGCUGAAUGGAGGGCCCGGUUGUAGUUCACUGUUUGGAAACCUGGGAGAGAACGGACCCUUUCGAGUGAAUUCCGACGGGAAGACCCUGGAUCCCGAGAACGCACCGGUAGUCCUAUGGCUGAAUGGAGGGCCCGGUUGUAGUUCACUGUUUGGAAACCUGGGAGAGAACGGACCCUUUCGAGUGAAUUCUGACGGGAAGACCCUGGUGUUGAACCCUCACAGUUGGAAUACAGUGGCGAAUGUCAUAUAUCUUGAAUCCCCGGUUAGUGUCGGCUUUAGUUAUAAAGACGAUAAGAAGUAUCACAACACAGAUAAGUCUACCGCAGAGGACAACCAUUUAGCUCUCGAAGCGUUUUUCGAAAAUUCGUGGACAACACCCGAUGGAAGUGUUGCUGGUUUUGUGCAGCACUACGAGAAAAGCCUGAGCUUCGUGUUAGUCCGCGGGGCCGGACAUAUGGUCCCUCACGACAAACCAGAGGCUGCCCUACAGUUACUCAAGAAUAUCGUCGGAAUUACACAGUUUUAA